AUGGUGUUCACGUCGUUGUUACUUGCCGCCUCGGCUGGGCUGGUCGUUGCUGUGUUCCCUCCCAAGCCAGAGGGCGUGACGACCCUUCCAUCACGAUUUCACGAAGGCGUGACAGUUUCCUACAAGCCAACUACAGGUGUCUGUGAGACCACUCCUGGAGUUCGCUCUUUUGCGGGGUACAUACAUCUGCCUAGCCAUGCUCUGAACGAAACACAUGAGGACAACCGUUUUCCCAUCAACACAUUCUAUUGGUUUUUUGAGAGCCGCAAGGAUCCCAAAAAUGCCCCUUUGGCAAUCUGGUUGAACGGGGGUCCGGGUGGAAGCAGUCUUUUAGGCGCUCUAUCAGAGAACGGUCCAUGUUUCGUUCAUAAUGAUUCCAGGACAACCUACUUGAACCCAUGGUCGUGGAAUAACGAGGUCAACCUACUAUUCAUCGAUCAGCCAAACCAGGUCGGUUAUUCAUACGACGUCCUGACCAAUGUCACUGUGGACAUAGGCCCGCAUGGCGAGCAGGAUGAGUACAUCAAACCAGCAGAUUUCUCAGAAGGAAUUCCAGAGCAGAACAACACUUUCCUAGUCGGAACUAGCAGCUCUCAGAAGGAAUCACAUACUGCCAACUCUACUCAUCAUGCUGCAGUGGCCCUUUGGCAUUUCGCUCAGACCUUCUUCGAGGAGUUCCCCGGCUACAAACCUCACGACGAGCAAAUUAGCCUGUUUACUGAAUCGUAUGGAGGCCACUAUGGACCAGGCUUUGUGGACUACUUGCUACACAAGAAUGAACUUAUCAGAAAUGGAACGAGCUCAGAGCCUGGAGCGCAUUACUUGCAUCUCAAAAGCCUAGGCAUUAUCAAUGGCUGUAUUGACGCACCUGAUAUGAUCGAAUCUGAGAUCACAUUUCCGUUCAACAACACGUACGGGUUGCAAUUAAUCUCGGAUGAGAAUUACGAGCAUAGCAUCAAGGAAUUCCACCGCAAGGGAGGAGUUCUUGACGCCAUCAACGAGUGUCGAGAGCUUGUACAAAAGACCGAUCCUCAUGACCAUGGAGAACAAGCCAAGACCAACAAAGUCUGCGCCGAAGCGGCGGAUCGAGCCAUGAAGAUCAGUGACGAGCUCUUCGUUGAGGAGAAUCGUGGUGCGAGGUUCGAUAUCACUCAUGAGGCUUUGGACCCCUACCCACCUCCAUACAUGUUUGGUUGGCUGAACCAAUACGAGACCCAGAAAGCCUUGGGAGUUCCGGUCAAUCAUACCUGGGGCUCACCGGUAGUGGCACGAGCCUUUGACCGCACGGGAGACAUCGUUCGCGGCGGCCAGUUGGAGCAGAUGGCCUACGUUCUAAGCAAGGGCGUUCAGGUCACCUUAUUCCACGGCGAUAGAGACUUCGCGUGCAACUGGGUCGGAGGGGAGAAGUACUCUCUCAACAUCCCUUGGCCGCAUCAGGAUCAGUUCAAGCAGGCUGGAUACACACCUGUGGUCCUCUCCUCCCCUUAUCUCGAAUCUGCCGGCCUGACUCGACAGUACGGUAACCUUUCAUUCACUCGUGUAUACCAAGCUGGGCACAUGGUUCCGUCGUACCAGCCAGAAGCAGCCUAUCGCAUAUUCAUGCGUAGCAUUACCGGAAAGGACAUCGCCACCGGCGAAAUUGAUCUCAAUGAAUAUGCUUCGACACAUGACGAGCAGUACUCAACAACCGGUCCCAGUUCCACUUGGCACAUGAAGAACGACGUGCUGCCUCAACCUCCGCACGAGUGCUAUGUCCUGGACGUGCCCUCCCGCUGCACGGCAGAGGAAGCCGAAUGGAUUGGAGAUGGAUCUGCCAUCGUGAAGAAUUGGAUCUUGAUCGGUCGCAAGAACGACAGCAACGUUGUCGAGCAAGAAGUAACGGGAUCGAGCGACGGUGCUCAGAUCCCACUCCUGGCGAAGGAUUGGUGA